CACAGGCUUUUGCAGGAUGUUUCUAAUGUAAGAUUAGUCUACAUGAGACGUUAAUUUGUCACAAAUUAAAUCGAGUUUUGAUAUUUAUAAAGUUGUGGUCUAGCUUUUCUUUAUCUGAACAUUGUGACAAAGAAAGUAAUUGUAGCGUACACAUUUAGUGUCGUUUUUAUUUUAUUUUUUAAAGAAUACAGUAACGUCAGCUUCCACGAUGGAUCGGAACAGAGCUAGUCCGUCACCCUCCAACCUGCCGGAGUCCCCUGGUCACAACUCUCCUGGUAGCACCUUACUGCUGGGUCUGAAGAGGGUGUCUGUGCGGCUGGUCGACUGCAGGAAGACACCAGGGCAGAGUGGAACUGUGAGAGAAGGACACGAGGAGGGAGAUGGAGAUUUGAUUUCAUCAAGGGACACACACCGUUGUUCUCUCAGUGGGAGGGGCUUAUCAUCUGGGGAGCCUCAACAACAUCCUGUUGCUGACGAGACAGAGAAGAGUGUCUCCAGAUCAGAACAUCUCAAGAAACACCAGCAGGGACGUACAGGGAAGAAACAUCACUACUGCUGCUCUGACUGUGGGAAGAGUUUCACAAGCCAGAGUGGCUUCAUUAUUCACUGUGAUCAGUGUGGGAAGAGUUUUGCUGCAUCUAACACCUUCAAAUCUAAUGUAAGAAUUCAUACAGGGGAGAAGCCUUACCUCUGUCUUGAUUGUGGGAAAAUCUUUGUUAGUGCAGGAGCCUUAACCAUACACCAGCGUGUACACACAGGAGAGAAGCCUUAUAGCUGUGAUCAGUGUGGAAAGAGCUUCAAUAAUUCAGGCCACCUGACUACACACCAGAAAAUACACACAGGAGAGAAGCCUUAUAGCUGUGAUCAGUGUGGGAAGAGCUUUGCUCGAUCAGAAAAACUAACCAUACACCAGCGUGUACACACUGGAGAGAAGCCUUAUAGCUGUGGUCAGUGUGGAAAGAGCUUUGCUUUAUCACAACACCUAACCAUACACCAGCGUGUACACACAGGAGAGAAGCCUUAUAGCUGUGGUCAGUGUGGGAAGAGCUUUACUGUAGUUUCCUCCCUGACUGUACACCAGCGAACACACACUGGAGAGAAGCCUUAUAGCUGUGAUCAGUGUGGGAAGAGCUUUGCUGUAUCAGAAAAACUAACUAUACACCUGCGAAUACACACAGGAGAGAAGCCUUAUAGCUGUGAUCAGUGUGGGAAGAGCUUUGCUCGAUCAGAAAAACUAACUAGACACCAGCGCAUACACACUGGAGAGAAGCCUUAUAGCUGUGGUCAGUGUGGAAAGAGCUUUGCUCAAUCAGAUAACCUGAAUUCACACCAGCGAACACACACUGGAGAGAAGCCUUAUAGCUGUGAUCAGUGUGGGAAGAGCUUUGCUCAAGCUUCCACCCUGACUGCACACCACCGAACACACACUGGAGAGAAGCCUUUUAGCUGUUAUCAGUGUGGGAUGAGCUUUGCUCUAGCUUCCACCCUCACUGCACACCACCGAACACACACUGGAGAGAAGCCUUAUAGCUGUGAUCAGUGUGGGAUGAGCUUUGCUCUAGCUUCCACCCUCACUGCACACCACCGAACACACACUGGAGAGAAGCCUUAUAGCUGUGAUCAGUGUGGGAAGAGCUUUGUUGCAGUUUCCUCCCUGACUACACACCAGCGACUACACACAGGAGAUAAGCCUCAUAGCUGUGAUCAGUGUGGGAUGAGCUUUGCUCUAGCUUCCACCCUGACUGCACACCAGCAAACACACACUAGAGAGAAGCCUUAUAGCUGUGAUCAGUGUGGGAAGACCUUUGCUCUAGCUUCCACCCUGACUAUACACCAGCGAACACACACUGGAGAGAAGCCUUAUAGCUGUGAUCAGUGUGGGAAGAGCUUUGCUUCAGGUUCCACCCUGACUAGACACCGGCGAACACACACUGGAGAGAAACCUUAUAGCUGUGAUCAGUGUGGGAAGAGCUUUAAUCAGUCAGGGACCCUGAAAUCACACAAGCUAACACACGCUGGUGAGAAAGAAGCCUUAUAUCUGUGAUCAGUGUGGGAAUUGUUUCAGUCAGUUAUGGACCCUUUAUUCACACCAGUGAACACACACUGGAGAAGGAACCUUAUGUCUGUCUAGGUGGGAAGAGCUUUGUUAAUUUAGGGCCAAUGAGAA